UCGCCACCAUAGGGUAAUUAUUUUUGUGUGCUGGCAAGAAGAUUGGUUGCGUGGAGUGAAACGUCAGCCACGUACAUUCGGCUGUCAGUCAACGUAACCUUUCUCAUUUCUCAUUUAUUGUGUAUUAAAAUAAGCUCGAUAACAGAUAAAAUGUCUGCGAAACUGUUGUCGCUCGUGCUGAUCAUCGCCGCGGCGGUGACGGCCGAUGAGGAGACGGCGGCGGCGCGCCUGCUGGUGUCCAAGCAAGUGUUGAACAAGUACUUGGUCGAGGACAUGGAUAUUCUGAUUAAGUACACGCUGUACAACGUCGGGACGGCACCGGCAGUGGACGUGAAGCUUGUGGACAACGGGUUCCACCCGGACGUGUUCACGGUGGUGGGCGGGCAGCUGACGGCGCAGAUCGACCGCAUCCCGCCGCAGACGAACGUGUCGCACGUUGUGACCGUGCGCUCCAACCGUUACGGAUACUUCAAUUUCACGUCGGCUGAGAUCACCUACAAGCCCACCGAAGACGCUACUGAGCUCCAACACGCCAUCAGCAGCUCCCCCGGCGAGGGCGCCAUCGUAGCGCACAAGGACUUCGACCGCAAGUUCUCCUCCCACAUCCUGGACUGGGCCGCGUUUGCUGUCAUGACCCUGCCCUCACUCGCCAUCCCCUUCGGCCUCUGGUGGUCCUCCAAGACCAAGUACGAGAAACUCAGUAAACCUAAGAAGAAUCAUUAGAUAGGUUCAAAUUCACCGGAGGAUGAAAGUUUUCAAUUAAUUUUUCGUCACUGCAAACGCGGCGAAUUUCAAAGUUAUAUAUUAUAUACAAUAAUAAUUUUGUGCAUUUAUAGUAACGAGAAAAGUCGUUGAAAAUUUUCAUCUUUAGGUACCCAGAAAGACAGGUCUAAAGAAAUCGCGUAAAUAAUUAUUGAAGCUUACACUUUAGGGUGGGCUUUUUGUGUUUAUUUAUUUGAUUUGAAGGCUAUGGGUAAAUUUUUAGAUAUAUGGAUAAUUGAUUCAAGUUGUUAGAUGCUCUGAUAUUAAAGCGUUUCAUGGAAUAGGAAAGAAAGAUAUGCCAAAACCAGUAAACUAUUGGGGCAAGUGAUUUGCUUAUUACUUUAUCAACUGAAGUACAGUCGCCAUCAAAUAUAUCGGA